AUGAUGUCAAGAGGCCUAAAGCCAACCUCCAUUCUAUCUCCCUUUCUCUUGACAUUCCUAUUAUUGAGUCUUCUCUCAUCAUCCCAAAGGACCUGUCCGAGAUGUGGCACCAUGGAAGUCCCCUACCCACUGAGUACCAACCCCAGUUGUGGAGACCCCAACUAUUCUCUUCUCUGUGAUCCCUACAAACAUAAACUACACUUCAAUGCUCUCAAUGGGAGCACUUAUCUUGUCCUCAGAAUCCAACCCUUGGCUCAACGCAUGGUGCUGCAGCCAUCGCCCCUAUUGCCGGGGACUUGCAUAACCCAGGACAUGCCGAAGAGCGAAGGUCUAUGGCUCAACCAAUCUCUCCCUUUCAAUGUCACCUCAUCCAACACCAUCUUUUUCUUCAAUUGCUCGCCACGCCUCUUGAUCUCGCCGCUUAAUUGCACCACAACCAGCCUUUGCCAUCGCUACCUCGAGGCCAUGCGCCGAGUCGACCCGAAGAGCGAACUCGAAUGCGCAAGUGGACCUGGCCCCUGCUGCACCUUCAUUGCUGGUGGAAUGCCUUCAGCAUACCAGAUCCGGCUCCACAGCUCGGGCUGCCGUGCUUUUAGAAGUGUGCUCCAUCUGGAUCCUGAGAGGCCACCGAGUGAAUGGGAAGAAGGUUUGGAGAUACAAUGGGCUUCUCCUCCUGAACCGACUUGUAGGAGUCAAAAUGAUUGCUCUCAAAGCUCCUCUUGCUCUGCAACUCGAGGUGGUGGCGGCGUUCGACGUUGCCUCUGCAACAAGGGCUACCAUUGGGAUGGUACUGCUGCCACUUGCUUAAGAAAUGCGAGGCACUCUCAUUCUUUCACCAAAGUUCUUAUCAUCAAGGUAGUGAUGGGAGUGUUAGGCUUUUUUUUUUUGACAGUAAUCGUUGUCAUCAUGAUAACCAGAUAUGGUAAACUCUCAAACCGAUCAAAGAUAGUUAAAGAAAGAGAGAACAUGAUCAAGGCUAGCGGGAGAUCAGCUAGGAUGUUUGGGUGGAAGGAGGUGAGGAAGGCAACUAAGGGAUUUUCGAAGGAGACGAUCUUAGGGAGUGGAGGGUUUGGAGAGGUUUACAAGGGAGUGCUAGAAGACGGAACCCCGGUGGCAGUCAAGUCUGCCAAGGUUGGCAACCUUAAAAGCACUCAGCAAGUGCUUAACGAGGUAGGUAUACUGUCUCUUGUCAACCAUAAGAACCUUGUGAGACUCUUGGGGUGUUGUGUUGAAUCCCAACAACCUCUGAUGAUAUAUGAGUACAUACCCAAUGGCACUCUUUAUAAACACUUGCAUAUGAGAGAUGAGGCCAUCUUAGACUGGAAGACAAGGCUAAAGAUAGCUCUCCAAACAGCCGAGGCAUUGGCUUACUUGCAUUCCUCAGCUCACGUUCCAAUAUACCACAGGGAUGUCAAGUCUACCAACAUUCUACUGGACCAAGAGCUCAAUGCCAAGGUCUCUGACUUUGGCCUCUCAAGACUGGCCCAGCCUGGACUAAGCCAUGUCUCAACGUGUGCACAAGGGACGUUAGGAUACCUGGACCCUGAGUACUAUCGGAACUACCAACUCACUGACAAGAGCGACGUGUAUAGCUUCGGAGUUGUGUUGCUGGAGCUGCUCACAUCAAAGAAGGUCAUCGACUUCUCAAGGGAGACUGAUGAUGUGAACCUAGCGGAGUACGUGAAGCAACGGGCUAAGGAUGGUGCAGCGAUGGAGGUGAUCGACAAGAGAUUGUUCGGUGCUGAUGCUAAAGUUGGGGUUCUGAAGACUACCGAGCUAUUUUUGGAGCUUUCUAUUGCUUGUCUGAGGGAGAAGAAGGAGGAAAGGCCUUGCAUGAAGGAAGUUGCCGAAGUACUACAGUAUAUUAUAGAGACACUUCAUCAGGAAGAGUUUCGUGGUGAGGAAUAG